AUGCUAUAUAGAUGUCUGUCUAGGCGGACGUCCCUCUCCCUCUCUCUCUCUCGCCCUUUUGCCUCUCUCUUCCUCUGCCUUUUCCACUCCCGGCAUGACCUUUUUUUUUCUCCCUCUUCGCUCUUUUCGCCUUCUGCCGCGUCUCUGCUGUGGGACCAAAGGAAGGCCGGGGCAUGGGCAGUAACUCAGAACGCAGUAACUAGCUUCUCUCGCCUUUUCUCUUCGUCGUCCAUCGAUUCUACCAUCUUCUCCCCUUUCCUCGUCGCCGCCGUCGUCCUUGAUAUCAACUUCUUCGCCGUCUCUUUUUUGUCUUAUCAAAAAAAAAAAAGGUCGAAAAUACGAGAAGCCGGUAAUGUAACUUUCAUGACAGUACAUUACAAGCUUAGUCAUCUCCAUCUUAAAAAAAGACCUCCUUUUCCAUCGUCAUCAAAGUCUUUCUUCUUCUUCUUCUUCUCUUCUCUUCUUGAUUCUCCCUCUCGGACUUCCCUUCGGCUUCUCUCUUUGGUCUAUCCGGGCGGCAACCAAGGAACAGGAACCCAGAAACAAGAAGAGGCCAAGGCAGACAAGAAGUGCGGCCUGCCGGGACAGGCUCAUGGCCUCUCGCGGUUCAAGGCAGGGAUGAGGCUUGAAAGGUCGAGAGCACAUCAUCCACUUAUAUAUGAAGUAUAUACUUAUACUUAG